AUGUCUGCUAACUUGUACAGAUCUCCGUCGCAAGCUGCUGUCUACAAGUCGCCAUCGAUGAGCGCCUUCGGUGCUCCGUUUGGCAGUAUGUCUGUCGCUGACCUUGGUUCGCUCACUCGUCUUGAGGAUAAGAUCCGACUUCUCCAGGAAGACCUCGAAUCUGAACGCGAACUUAGAAACCGAAUUGAACGUGAACGUGCCGAUCUUAGCGUGCAACUCAUAGCCCUCACUGAUCGUCUCGAAGAUGCUGAAGGAACGACCGAUAGCCAGAUUGAAUCGAAUCGUAAACGCGAAGGAGAGCUGAUUAAAUUACGUAAGCUCCUCGAAGAAUCACAACUUGAAUCCGAGGAUGCGAUGAACGUGUUGCGUAAGAAACACCAGGAUGCCUGCCUUGACUAUCAGGAUCAAGUUGAACAACUACAGAAGAAAAACGCGAAGAUUGAUCGUGAACGCCAGCGUCUACAGCACGAAGUUAUUGAGUUGACUGCCACCAUCGACCAGGUCCAGAAGGACAAGCAUGCUGCUGAGAAAGCUGCUGAACGAUUCGAAGCUCAGACUGUCGAGUUGUCCAAUAAAGUUGAAGAUCUUAAUAGACAUGUGAACGAUCUCGCUCAGCAGCGUCAACGCCUUCAAGCUGAAAACAACGACCUUCUAAAGGAGGUCCAUGAUCAGAAAGUGCAACUUGACAACCUACAGCACGUGAAAUACACUCUUGCACAACAACUCGAGGAAGCGAGGCGCCGUUUGGAGGAUGCUGAAAGAGAGCGCUCACAGCUUCAGUCACAGCUACACCAGGUACAACUGGAGCUCGACUCUGUACGUACGGCACUUGAUGAGGAGUCUGCGGCUCGUUCAGAUGCUGAACACAAGCUGAACCUGGCGAACACUGAAAUCACCCAGUGGAAGAGUAAGUUCGACGCUGAGGUCGCCCUCCAUCAUGAAGAAGUAGAAGAUCUCCGUAAGAAAAUGCUGCAGAAGCAGGCCGAAUACGAAGAGCAGAUCGAGAUUAUGCUGCAGAAAAUUAGUCAGCUGGAGAAGGCAAAGAGUCGUCUGCAAUCUGAAGUCGAGGUGCUGAUCGUUGACCUUGAGAAAGCGCAGAACACUAUCGCGAUUCUCGAAAGAGCAAAAGAACAACUCGAGAAGCAAUGCGCAGAACUUAAGGUUCGCAUCGAUGAACUGAACGUGGAGCUGGAAGCUGCGCAGCGUGAACUUCGUGCUGCCAAUGCCGAAUUGCAAAAGAUGAAGCAUCUGUACGAGAAGGCAGUCGAGCAGAAGGAAGCCCUCGCUAGAGAAAACAAGAAGCUUCAUGAUGAACUUCAUGAGGCCAAGGAAGCUCUAGCCGAUGCGAACCGAAAACUGCACGAGUUGGAUCUGGAGAAUGCUCGUCUUGCUGGCGAAAUUCGUGAACUGCAAACGGCUCUUAAGGAAGCUGAUGCUCAACGUCGCGAUGCUGAAAAUCGUGCGCAGCGUGCUCUUGCUGAACUUCAGGCUUUGCGCGUUGAAAUGGAACGUAGACUACAAGAGAAGGAAGAAGAAAUGGAAGCCCUACGCAAGAAUAUGCAGUUCGAGAUCGACCGCUUAACAGCAGCUCUGGCCGAUGCCGAGGCUCGCAUGAAAGCGGAAAUUUCUCGACUGAAGAAAAAGUAUCAAGCUGAGAUCGCUGAGCUCGAAAUGACCGUCGACAACCUGAAUCGUGCCAACAUCGAAGCACAGAAAACAAUCAAGAAGCAAUCGGAACAACUCAAAGUACUACAGGCCAGUUUGGAGGACACCCAACGACAACUCCAACAAGUACUCGAUCAAUAUGCUCUGGCUCAACGAAAGGUCGCUGCCCUAUCGGCCGAACUUGAAGAGGCGAAGACUGCCCUCGACAACGCUAUCCGUGCUCGCAAGCAGGCCGAAAUCGACCUUGAAGAGGCAAAUGGACGAGUCGCUGACCUCACAGCAAUCAACAAUAAUCUCACAUCGAUUAAGAAUAAACUUGAAACCGAGCUAUCGACCGCACAGGCCGAUCUCGAUGAGGUUACCAAAGAAUUGCACGCCGCCGACGAACGCGCCAACCGUGCACUUGCCGAUGCUGCUCGUGCCGUUGAACAAUUACACGAGGAACAAGAACAUUCCAUGAAGAUUGACGCUCUUCGCAAGUCCCUCGAGGAACAGGUUAAACAACUCCAAGUCCAAAUCCAGGAAGCUGAAGCUGCCGCAUUACUCGGAGGAAAACGUGUCAUCGCCAAGCUAGAAACUCGCAUCCGAGAUCUCGAGACUGCUCUUGACGAAGAAACUCGCAGGCACAAAGAGACCCAGAAUGCUCUUCGCAAAAAAGAUCGCCGUAUAAAGGAAGUCCAGCAGUUGGUGGACGAGGAACACAAGAACUUCGUCAUGGCUCAAGAUACUGCCGAUCGUUUGCAAGAGAAGUUGAACAUUCAAAAGAGACAACUCGCCGAAGCCGAAUCGGUGACUAUGGCAAACCUGCAGAGAGUGAGACGAUACCAGCACGAGCUUGAAGACGCUGAGGGUCGCGCUGAUCAGGCCGAGUCCAGCCUACACCUCAUUCGUGCUAAACACCGUUCAUCUGUUGUUACUGGAAAAGCUGGAGCAAGCAAAGUAUACGUGAUGGAGGAUGACUAUUAA